GGGACAUCUGUAAGGAGAGGAAUAGGAAGGACCCGAGGAGAAGCAGUAAAGGAGGGCGUUGUGGAUCCUUUGGAGCCAAGGACUGGAACUGACAUGCAAGACCUCUACCAACUGAGGGUUUCAUGAGCACACUCCUUUGCCAAGAUCUCCGUGAAUAGUCUUUCACUGUGCAGUUGUGUCUUAGACAUUGUUUUACUUGUUGUCAUGAUCGUGCUUGGCUGGAUGCUUUUUGUUGGACUUGCAUGUUAUAUGGGCGCAUUUCCGGAGUUCAUGCCUCCAACUCUGAAGUGGAAAGAGAAGUGGCCUGUUCAGGAGAACAAGACGCGACUGAGGAGCUGGACUUUGGAUGAAGACCCACAGCUCUGAGAACCAUGUGGAAGGGAUAUAAGUAUCCCCCAGGAGGGACCCCGGUGGAAAUAAGCAAAGAUGAUCCUGGUGAAGUAAUGCAGCUCUGAAGCUCACCUGACCAGCUGUACAGUUCCUGUUGUUGGUUUCACAUAAAGUAAUUGCACAUUAUUUUGUCACAUUUUAUGUAAAAAGUUACCGUAUUUUUUAAGAUGAAGACUUGGUAUUCUGUUAGCUCGAAACAGGGAGAUGAAGGGUGGGGAGGUAGUUGGGGUGGAUGAAUGUGAUUGGGUCCC